CCCCGUGACGAUCGACGAUCCGGUUAGCCAAUGAGGUGCCACCUCGCAUCCCGCCCAGCCAAUGGGCUCAGAGAAGAAGGGCGGGACGUCCUGUAAUGCGAUGCAAAUUGGACGGUCAAGCGUGUUGGUCCCACCUUUUUGUGUUUCCCGCACCGUCAAUCAAAAUAGAAAAAAAUCGACCCGAAUUCACCGAUCAACACUAGCCCGCCUUUGAUAAAACAAUCAUGUUCGGAGUUCAGUAGAUCCGAUUAGCCCGCCGCGUACUGCCAGCCGCGCUAUGACCGACCCGCAAGCGUUCAGCGCGUCGAAAAGCGCGACUACUCGGUGAGUUUGUCCGGAAAACAGCGACGAGAGCCGCGUCUUUUUAUCUCCUGCUCCGCGGCUAACUAGCUAGAUAUGGUUAGCUAGCCGCGCAGCUAGCAGGCUAGCCACGGAGUUGACAAAGUAAACAGUCGAUCUGGGCCCGAAUCUCCCCGGAGCCUCCGCCGCAAAGUUGCGUUUCGCCGCCUGCCCCCUCUGGACCGGAGCGUGGGGAUGCUUUGCGGGCUUUUCCGGCAGCCAGGAGUCGAAGAUUACAGAGUUUCGCCGAGUUCCCCCCUCGCUCCCUGCUAGCGCCCGAGCAGCCGCUGAAACAAGGAGAAAUGGCGUCCGCGGACGUGGACAGCAGUCAAAGCGAGUUCCUGCAACCCGGCGGCGCUGCGGAAACACAGACGACAGAUAUGUCAGCCAUUCAGCUGACGGGCGACCGAUGGGAGGUGUUGACUCCUGUCUCAUCUGGGAAGGAGGACCAGGGAGUUGUUCACAUUCAAAACUCGGGCAUCGUCACGUCCAACGGGCAGUACGUGCUUCCUAUCGGGGGUCUUUCCAACCAGCCCAUCUAUGUCACAGCAUCUGGGAAUGACGUUUCAGCCAAUGGAGUGUCAGGCAUUCAGUAUCAGGUCAUCCCCCAAAUCCAAAAUGCAGAUGGGACCCUUUCAGGGUUCUCGUCACAUGGGAUGGAUGACGGCACGGGGCAGAUCCACCUCCUCCAAGACGGCACUCAGGUCAGCAUCGGGACAACAUCGACUACAGACCUCCUCACUCAGGCGGGGCAGGUGCAGUCAAUCCAAGGCGUCUCGCUGGCGGGAGGGGCCACAUACACCAGCUCGGUAGGCCUCCCCGGGAACAUCACGUUCGUCCCCAUAAACAGUGUGGAUCUGGAGUCACUAGGGCUCACGGGGGCGCAUACGGUCCCCAUCGCAACCGCGGUGACACCUGAAGGCCAGUUGAUCAUGAGCAGCCAGGCGCUGGAGAGUCAGGCCCAGGAUACCGGCAGCAAACAUUCGCUGGUGACGGUGAGCCACGCCAACCACGAGCUCUACGUGCCAACCACCACGACCACCUCUUCCAACUCCUCCCAUCUCAUCGAGACCAUCGACGGCACCGGGGUCCUGACCCAAGCAACCGCCGUGUCCGCAGGGGUGUCUGACCCUUCCUCCUCGGACAACUUCAACUCCCACAACCACCUGCAGCACAUCCAGGUGUCGUCGUCUAACGCCACCACGAUGUCCCAGCCCAUCCUGCAUCUGUCUGGGGACAGUCAUGCCCAGGUAGCCCAGGUGGCUCAGGGCCAGGACCUGUCGGGACAGACUCUGCAGAGCGUGCAGCUGGUCAACCCCGGGACCUUCCUCAUCCAGGCCCAGACGGUCACUGCUACUGGACAGAUUCAGUGGCAGACCUUCCAGGUUCAGGGUGUCCAGUCCCUCCAGGGGCUCCAGUUGCCGCAGGGCCAGGCCCAGCAGUUGACCUUAGCCCCAGUUCAGACCCUCCCUCUGGGCCAAGCAGGACAAAUGAACCUACCCAACCUCCAGACCGUCACAGUCAACUCUGUCACACAAGCCGGAGUUCAGUACACGCACGGAGAUGAUGCAAACAGUCCAAUUGGUAUACAUAUAAAAGAGGAGCCCGACUCUGAGGAGUGGCAGCUGAGCGGAGACUCCACCCUGAACCCCAGUGACCUGAACAACCUGCGCGUUCAGAUCGGAGACGAGGACAUGGAGGCGCAGAGCGGGGAGGGCAAGAGGCUGCGCAGAGUCGCCUGCACCUGCCCCAACUGCAAAGAGUCUGGAGGAAGAGGUUCAGGCAUGGGGAAGAAGAAGCAGCACAUCUGCCACAUCGCCGGCUGCGGGAAGGUUUAUGGGAAGACGUCCCAUCUCCGAGCUCACCUGCGCUGGCACAGCGGGGAGAGGCCGUUCGUCUGCAACUGGAUGUUCUGUGGGAAGAGGUUCACCAGGAGCGACGAGCUGCAGAGACACAGGAGGACACACACAGGAGAGAAGAAGUUCGUGUGCACCGAGUGCUCCAAGAGGUUCAUGCGGAGCGACCACCUGGCCAAGCACAUAAAGACUCACCAGAAUAAAAAGGGCGGGGUUCCGUCCUCCACGCCCCCGCCCACCACCGACACCGUCAUCACAGCCGACGGCACCACGCUCAUCCUCCAGACCGCCACCGCCCACGACCUCAUAGCCAAUCAGGAGAUCCCCUUGCAGCUGGUCACCGUGGCGCCCGGCGAGGUCAUGGAAUGAGGGGGUUGAACGGGGUGAGGUGGGUUUUUGAGAACUGGCCCGUCACAGGGACCUCUUGGGCUCUUCUCCUCCCCUCCUACCUUUUUUUUUGUUUGUUUUUUUUACAUAUGAAUAUAUACGUAAAUAUAUAUGACAAAUAUAUAUAUUUUAAGUAAGAGUUAUCAUGACUUUAUGUUUGUUUUUUGCAGUCUUUUUAUAGGCGGGCAAGAAACGACAUUUAAAUGUGGUUGCUAUGUACACACACACACACACACACGCAGAAAACACUCAAACACAACAUGAAUACUUAACACAAUGAAAUGCCUUAUUUUGUAUCAUACUCUUGUAUAAAAUGCUGGAGGUGCAUGUGUUUUUUAAGCUUUGCAGAUGACGUAACUGUUUGUGAAAUGGAGACGAGCAGGAGUUUCUUUGGAAGAGAGAGAACGAAGGAGUGAGCCUCUCUGGGACAAAACCGACUUCUCCGCUUGAAGCAGCGCAGCAUCGGCGCUGAACUGUUUCCUCGCUGCUGCCGGAGAACAACGGCUUUCCGGUUUUUUAACGAUGAUGUUCGACAUAUUAGGAAAUACAGUUGAUAUGAAGCCUGACUGGAAACGGCUUCCCUGGCUCUGUGCAGGCAUCGCAACCGCUACCUCUAAAAGUCAUUAGUUAACAUGGUGCGACACAAACCAACGUGUAACACAAUUGGUAGUUUUCUGGAGGUUUAUGUUCCUGAUUAUUUUUACAGCCAGUGGAGGGUGUUACUGCUCCCAGCCAAGAAAUAACCAGGCACAUAACCCUCAUUUUAAAAUGGCAGUUUCAUGUUUUUACACCUUGUUUUUUUGUUUUUUUUAAAGACAGCACAUGUUAGUGAGUUUCAGAGGAGCUGGUUGGUGGUUGUUGUUUCCCGGGGACAGAGCCAGGAGACCAGUUUUUUAUCUCGUUUCUCGUCUGACUCUCAGUGAAAAGGCAUUUCUCGUGAAACUUUGCAGCAGCCGUCACCCAAUCACUGACGACCGGCAGGACAGUCACACCGAUGUGUCGCUGUUUCAAAGAGAGCAGUCGGUCGGAGAAGGACGACAGUGCCACUGUUACUGAUCUGAGGUUGUUUUUCCCACCUCAAGGGGAUGUGUGUGUGUGGGGGGGGGAUAGAUGCAAGCCGCUCUGAGAAAAGAGCAACUUCUUCCAGCAUCCGGUCAGUCUGAACAGAAUGUCUCAUCUGUCCUUCAUGAGCAUGACGUCCACUGUGCUCGUCCACAUCUAAACACGAUUUUAUUUUUGUUCCUUUUGCAUAAUUCCUUUUUUGUUGUAAAUUUGCAUUGUAUGUCAAUCUUUUCUGAAUUUCCUCGCCAAUAUGGGUGUCGUCUGGAUCAAAGCCACAUGGCGGAGAUCACAGGUUGUGAAGGGCGGGGUGGUCACCUCUGAAUUCCUGCAGGGCUCGUUCAUGUCAUCGCCCCCUGCACGAGAACAUGUACCAGUGUCGCCACGUGAAGAAAACUGAGAAACGGAUGCAACAAAUCAUGAAGCCCUGUAGGGGGCGUUAUUGUCAUCGAACAUUCCAGUUGGAUACCAGAUGUCACUCAAAAGGAAAACAAUCAUGCCAUUGUAUGUUUAUUUCUUUUUAUUUUAUUUGAUGUAAUCCCUUCCUCUGUUUGUAGCAUUCAUUUACAUGUAUAUUAUCUUAUUUUCACAUUGUUUAUAGAAGCCAUUACCUAGUUAACGCAAUUUGAUGUAUCAAAACCUUAUUUUAAGUGAUUUUUUUAAAGAAUUGGUGUAAAAAUUGAAUGUUACCUUUUGUAAAACAUUUUUUUCAAAUGGAUCACAAUAAAAGUCUGAAACCUU